AUGUUUGGCCCAGCGAAGGGUGGCCAUUUUGGAGUCCACCCGGAGGCUGGUUACCCCGGCGGCUUUUCCCAACUUGCUGCCGGGACCAAAGCUGGCCCCGCCGGUGCCAGGCCUGUGGCCGGCCACAUUGACACAAUGUGGCGGCUCCGCUGCAAGGCCAAGGAUGGCACCCAUGUUUUGCAGGGCUUGUCCAACCGGACCCGGGUGCGAGAACUCCAGGGUCAAAUUGCCGCCAUCACCGGGAUCGCCCCCGGUGGUCAGCGAAUCCUGGUCGGAUACCCUCCAGAGUGUCUGGAUCUCAGCAACGGGGACACCAUUCUAGAGGACUUGCCAAUCCAGUCAGGCGACUUGCUGAUUGUUGAAGAAGACCAAACCAGGCUGAAAGCUUCCCCUGUGUCUGUAAAACCUGGUGCUCCUAGUUACUACAGGGACGCUUUGCCUGUGCUCACCAGGACUUCAGUUCCUGCAGACAACUCUUGCCUCUUUACCAGUGUAUACUACGUUGUGGAAGGGGGCGUCUUGAAUCCAGCCUGUGCCCCUGAGAUGAGACGCUUCAUAGCACAAAUUGUAGCCAGUGAUCCAGAGUUCUAUAGCGAGGCAAUCCUGGGGAAGACCAAUCAAGAGUACUGUGACUGGAUCCGAAGAGAUGACACGUGGGGAGGAGCUAUUGAGAUAUCCAUCUUGUCCAAGUUUUACCAGUGUGAAAUCUGUGUGGUUGAUACACAGACCGUGCGAAUUGAUCGUUUUGGGGAAGAUGCAGGGUAUACCAAAAGGGUCCUCCUUAUUUAUGAUGGCAUCCACUACGAUCCACUUCAGCGCAACUUCCCUGACCCAGAUACCCCACCUCUGACCAUUUUCUCUUCCAAUGAUGAUAUUGUUCUUGUACAAGCACUGGAGUUGGCAGAUGAAGCCAGAAAAAAGAGACAAUUUACUGAUGUCAACCGCUUCACCCUGAGAUGCAUGGUAUGUCAGAAGGGAUUAACUGGCCAAGCAGAAGCAAGGGAACAUGCCAAGGAGACAGGCCAUACCAACUUUGGAGAAGUGUGA